AUGAACUAGUAUCUUGAGUAGGCAUUACUAGAUAAUGAAUCUAGAUAGUUUUUAUUUAAGCUUGAAAUUAAAAUAAUCAAAUACCUGAGCGAGAUUUAAAAAGCAGAAAAAGGCAACGAAGAUGGUGUUCAGUACUUUAAUUUAAAAAGCUUCUAAAAGAAGUUAAUUAAAACAAUGACAGAAUACUAUAACUUGAAUUCAAAAUCUAUUUACGUUAAAGUCGUUGUUUAGAAUGCUUAAACAGAAGGUGAUGAUCAGAAUAGCAAUAAAUAAAAGAAAAAGAAAAAAUAAGGGCUUUUGCUUUUUAGAAGUAAAGAGAACUUAAAUGCUCCUACUCCAGCUUUGUAGUUGAGGGAUUACUUUACUAGCAGUUAGCUACAAAUUCAUAAUGAAAUUGUUAAUUAAAGAAAGUAGCAUAAAAAGAAUAAGAAAUCAGAGAAAAAAUUGGCAAAUGAAAGUGAAAACGAAAACGAAAAUUGCUCUAAUUCAGUUGGAAAAGAUGAAGAUUGUUCUCUUUCAUCUGCAUCUUCGAAUACAGGAAUUCAUUCAAAAGAUGAAAGCUCAAAUUCAAGCAGAUAAAAAAUAGAAGUUUAUGAAGACAAUAACGCUACAAAUGAUAAAAAAGAUAACUUUUUACCUAGUUUAAAUCAUAUCUUAUGUUUAAAUUAAAAAUAAAGUCAUCACUAAAACAAUCAAGAUUUUGAUUUUGAAAAUUGGGCUAGUAAUUUAGUUUAACAUAAGUUCCUUCUUAGAAAACAAAGUGAGACAUUUUCAUUUAUUGUGUUCGGUGAUGAAAAUGAAGCAUAGUCAUUUAUGUAGCAAGCCAACUAAGAAAUCUAAAAAUCUAAUAUUGAACUUUAAAUAAUUCCUCUAACAAAAAUUGAUAGGAAAUUAUUUAAGGAUUCACUGAAAAACGAAUACUUAGACUAAACUAUCUAAAAGCCUAAAGGAAGUGUAGAAGUUGCUAACAGAAUAAUUUUUGGAAUACUUGGAGAAAGAAAAGAAAUUAAAAACAAUUCAGGAGAUAUUUUAAAAAGAUUAGUGAAUAAAGAUUGA